AAUCUUUCACCAACAAAAUGAGUGAUCCGUCGAAGAAUUCCGAGAAGGUGCCUGAGGAACAAGAAAUUAGAGAUAAUAGCGAGGAAGAACUUGAAGAUGAAAUUCUGGAGGAACUGGAAAGGGAACGUAAUCCAUUUGGUGAUGGAUUCAUCAAUCCACAAACUACCAUGACCAUGAAAAUUCAGUGGACCACCGCCAACACCAUAGAUGAGUGUGAAACACGGCUGAAACAGUAUCGAACGGAUUAUGAAAGAGUGCUAUCUCAAAGAAAACCAAGUAUUCAAAAGAUUCAACAAUACGAAGCGGAGUUACAACAACUUCAACAUGACAGAAGAACACACGAAGCGGCAUUUCAACUGUUACGAAGAGUGCUUCGCGAAGAUGGAAUACCAAAGCGAGAUUUGUUUCAAGAGUCACUACAAGUAUGCAGGAGACGGCUUGGAGAGUUUGAUGAUAAUGAAGAAGGAAUUAAUGAAUUGCUUAAUGCAGAGAGAACAAAUUUCGACGGACUUCAAAGCACUAGAAAGUUCAUCAAGAAAAUGCUUGUGACACAUAAAAAAACUCUUGAGCAACUCGAAGAAAAGGAAGCAGGUGACGUGUCGGAAACGGUCAUGGAUCGAAUGAUAAAAGAAUUACGCAAACGUCGGAGGGAUGAUGAGGAUGAUGAGGAAGGCCCAAGCACUCGGCGAGUACCUAAUGCAGUUGAAUCCUUCUGAUACUGUUACCACCAAGGUCUACUAACCUAUUUGAAUUUAAUUCUUAUCCCUUUAAUUUUUAAUAUCCCUAUCAUUAGUUUUCGUUAUCUCUGCCUAUUAUCAAUAUGCCUAUAACUAAUUUAAACUGAAUUAUAUCCACUUCAUCUUGUUGAUAUACUUUGAAUGUCGUGUUCUUUUCGUUUCAUGUUCUUAGCACUUUUAGAAUGAGUUAAUUUUGAAUUUUAUAAAAAUUUAAAGAUAAG